UGAUGCUGAUAAAAGAUGGCUACCAGUUGUGGUUGAAUUGUCGUUUGGGAGGUUCUACGAACCCUUCGAACCACACCUGCAUCUGCUAAUGACACCAGAAGGCAAACUAUUUUCUAGGCUGACUACCCUAUUAGAACAGUAACACUGCCUUCACUGAAUUUAUAUGGAAGAGUGGCAAACUACAUGUAUAUCCAAAUGGUAUAUGAGGCUAGUGAUCUGAACCAUCUUACCUUUACAUGAUUGAAUAGUUAUAUCUGAUUGUUUUUACCAUUGUUUUACAUUCUUUGAUAUAUGUAUAUUAUUAUAAAACAAUAAGCAUUUUAAGUUCAUUAAUUUGUCAUACAGAGCUUUAGAACUACACAACAUUUGCAGUAUCAAAAAAAAAAAACUGCAAGUUUUCAUUAGAGAUAUUAGAAUCUAGUCAGUCAGAAGGACAAGUUUUUUAUGCAAGCUACUAAUAUAGAUUUUGAUUGAUAUAUAGAAGCUGAUCAUUGCAUUUUAAGUUUCCAUAUACACAUACAGGGGUAAGGUAUUUAAACAUACUUGUGAGUUUCAGAUGAGAUAUGCAUUGACUAUUCAUCAACUUGUAUAAAAACCAUUGUAUAAAUUUGUAUGUUGUUCUAGAUUGGCAAGUUUUCAAGAAUGUGUUAGCUGUUAUUUAAAUAAACAAGUUUUUUUUUCAAGAGAAUAUUAUGAAUGUCAACCUUUCAGAACUUAAAAGCAUUUUCAAGUGAAUGAGUCAUGGAAAUGCUACAUGACAUCAACAAAUAAGCAGCCCACUUUGCAACUGCUAUAUCAGUGCAUCAUUUUCAGAAUUCUUUAAUAAUCAUGAUUACAGACACUAAUCGUGCAGUUUGUUUUACACCUGUGGUUUAUUCUUAUGCUUUAAGUCACCUAAAUUUUGAUCAUGUGUGAUUUCUUGUAGCAAUUCAUGAAAAAAAAGAUGAGUAAUCCUGAUGAGUUAAUUUCCUGCAGACGAGAUAGGUAGAAGUGCAAAUUUGAAAGAAAGUCGGGUGUUCUCGGAAAGAGAUCGAUGAAAUCCAAAACGCAGAGGAAGGCCCAGCCAAUUAAGUUUGGAUUUAAAUAAACGGCAACGCUUGAAACGCUCAGUUGUGAUGUGAUACAGUAUUUAGUUUGUCAAAAUAUCAGCAUGUCAGUAGAACGUCACCAUGGGAUGUGUGUCAUCUAGGGCAAGUCUAGAUGACAGAAGAGACAUAUUUAGUGUGUGGAAUGUUGAUGAUCGAGGAAAUCACCUGAAUGCUGGAAAAAUAGAAGUUACUGAGUCUGACUUAAUACUGCAUCAGCAUGGAAAAGGCAUUAUUCGGUGGCCAUUACGAAGCUUACGAAGAUAUGGAUUUGAUGCUGAGUUGUUUUCCUUUGAAUGCGGUCGACGUUGCCCUACUGGACCAGGCAUAUAUGCCUUUAAGUGUCGAAGAGCUGAGCUACUCUUCAAUGUUUUACAGGAGUUCAUUCAGAACACUGGUGGAAGUGGAAGAGGAAGCGUGGGAGGUAGUGUUACAGGGACACCAGCUGAUCAAAAUAAUGUAGUCAGUACUGGUGCUACUUUAUCCGCCAGUGGAAGUGUUGCUAGUCACCUGGGACAUCAUAGUUUAGACAAUAAUGAUUACCUUGAACCAAUAAGGGACAAUGCUUCUACAUGCCCUUCUGGAAUAACAUCCCCAAGAGCAAUUGGAACACCAGUAGAGAACUGUUGUUGUGUCUUAAGAAAUGGGAGAGCUGCUUCUGUAACGGGAAGCUCCUUGCAGUCUCGACAAGAAACUGCCACGGUAGUUGGAAAUGAAGCAGGGUUAUCUAAUCUCUGUAGUUUGAGUUCUGGUAAUCGACAUGCUAGUCCCCAUUACAUGAAUGAAGAGAUAUUUACUCACAUGACUCGCUCCACGGGCUCCUUUGCAUGUCCGAUUGCUCAUCAAUAUGUUAACUCCAUAUUAUUUGAAGAUAACACACACAAAUGUGUUAGACACUCCUUACUUCAUGGGCAGCACCCCUAUGUUAAUGGCCAUGUUCCACCCUGUGGCCAUUUAACUUGUGGUUUCAUAUUUGCUAGUCAUUGCCAGGCUCGAUGCCCUCAUGAAGGUGGUGCCAUCCCAUGCACACAUUGUGUUGAUCUGAACACUAAUUACACAAAAUUAGAUGAAUUGAUGAAGCAAGAACAGACUGCAAAACAACAGAAAGAACACUUUUAUGUCAAUGUAAAUCCUGAUAUUUCAAAUGGUUCAUCCAGUACAAAAUGUGGGCUAGGAAAUAAGGUAGCUUCUAGCACUUUAUCCCGAAGUAAUACCCUUACUUCACCAACAGCUCACCUACCAAAUUGUGCAAUGGCACAUCUUUAUGUUAAUGUUGGAUCACCAUCUUCGGAAGGGCAAAAGGAACAGACAUAUGUUGAUGAGUCAACAAAUGAAGAAGCUGACAGACAGAUGAACUAUAUUAUACUAGAUCUAAAUCAUGGUAAUGAUAAAACUAAUGCUAUCACAUCUCCCUUAUCACCACCUGCUAGCAUUGCUUCACUUUCCGAUUCUCCUUUGCAGCAGCCAGAAGGUUAUGCUACAAUUGACUUUGAUAAAACUGCAGCUCUGUCCAACUCGGCUAAUCCAUCUAUGGUCAAUGAUGAUAGUGUUCGGAAAACUCGACAUAAUGGAAUAAUUCCUUCUGGUAGUCCUUAGAAACCCAAACUUGAACUUACAACCAGUUGUUUUACUGAACUACCUGAAUCUAAGUUAACACAAUGAUUUAUGAACCAUUCUUAAGUUUAAUGUUCUGAUGUAUGAGUGUAACAUGCUACAGACUACUACACUCUGGCAUUUUUGGUUAUUUAUAACAACCAGUAGAGAAAGAGCAAAAUAUUGCUUUUUGUUUUGUUUUUAAAAUAACAGAGAUUGUGUGACCAGAUUUUUUGAAACAUAUGAACAGUUUCUCAAGUUUAAGAUUUGAUGUGAUAAGGUAGGGAAUUUUUUGUCAUUGAGUUGUGAAUACAUUUUUGAAUAGUGUCUUCUAAAGUGCAUUUUGCAUAGAAAGUGUACUACAGGGCAUCUCCCGAGCUAAAAAUAUGUAAACCAUUAAUUACAAAGUGAUAACAAAAAAAAAUAAUCAUUGUUCAUAAAAUGAGUCAAUGAAAAUGUGCCAGUACACAUGAACACAUACUUAUGUGCCCAUGGUUACCAAGAUGUAGUUCAUGAAUUGAACAUUGUUUCAUAUUUUAUUAUAAUAAGUUAAUUUGUUGUGUUUUUGUUCAGUCUUUUCAAUAAAUAUAUAGUGUACCUUUUUGUAGGAGGCUUACGUGGCAUUGGAACCUCAUCACCAAUAGAAUAUUGUAUAAUCAGUUAUUAUAUGCCACAUUGGUAGCUUUUCAAAUGAAGUUAUUCUUAUGUAAUAAUACAGAGCUAUAUAUAUAUUUAUAGUUGUGGAUAGCCUGCAUUAAAUACCUAUCCUGCAUGUUUCUAUUCUAUAUGUCAGUUUACCUCAGAUGACUUUAAGAGAUAAGUUAUAUAUAUAUAUAUUAAAUAUAUGAAAAAGGUGUUUAGGUAAUGUUUGCAUAUAAAAUACAAAUAAGUCUUUGUUGUAAUGUACAAUCUAACUUGAGAAAGAAAUUAAUUUGAUAUGGAUUAAAGAAGGUGUGCAUUAACUGUGGCUUUUAAACAUGUGGCUUGGUCCCUAGUCUAGUAAAAUAUGGUUCUUGAAGGAGGUAGUGUGUAUUAACUGUGGCUUUUAAGGAUGUGGCUUGAUCCCCAGUCUAGUAAAAUAUGGUUCUUGAAGGAGGUAGUGUGUAUUAACUGUGGCUUUUAAGGAUGUGGCUUGAUCCCCAGUCUAGUAAAAUAUGGUUCUUGAAGGAGGUAGUGUGUAUUAACUGUCGCUUUUAAGGAUGUGGGCCUGAUCCCCAGUCUAGUAAAAUAUGGUUCUUGAAGAUAGUGUGCAUUAACUGUGACUUUUAAGUAUGUGGCUUGAUCCCUAGUCUAGUGAAGUAUGGUUCUUGAAGAUAUUGUGUAUUAACUGUGGCUUUUAAGUAUGUGGCUUUAUCCCCAGUCUAGUAAAAUAUGGUUCUUGAAGAUAUUGUGCAUUAACUGUGGCUUUUAAGUAUGUGGCUUGAUCCCCAGUCUGGUAAAAUAUGGUUCUUGAAGAUAUUGUGCAUUAACUGUGGCUUUUAAGUAUGUGGCUUGGUCCCUAGUCUAGUGAAGUAUGGUUCUUGAAGAUAUUGUGCAUUUACUGUGACUUUUAAGGAUGUGGCUUGAUCCCCAGUCUAUU